GUGCCUCGUCAACCCUAAUGGAAAAGGCACCCACGCAGUCUACCGAGGGGAUGGCAAAAGCGCAUGGCGCGGCGGCGGCCUUAUCCCCCGACGGCGGGUACACGUCGGACACGCACGACGAGGGCCGACCACAAGAAGAAGGAGAUGGUGGACGAUUCGCCGCCACCUACCCAGGUCCCAAUUCAGUUGGUCGCCACAACUCCCCGAGCGACCGCAUCAGCGAGUGGGUUAGUAGCAUUGACGGCGAGAGCCUCUGCAUCGCCGAGGACGAGGACGUCGCUGUCGACGACCAGCGCAAGGACCUCACCGACUACCUGCCCGCCCAAGCUCCAUCGAGGCCGGGGAGGCGUCAGGUAAUAAGGGCCAGGGAGUACAGAAAAGGGCGAGCGGCCAUGUCGGUCAUGCCAAGAAGCGAGAGGCCAUGCAGGAGGCCAGGAAGGCCACAAGUGAGACAUCCAGGUUGACUUCGCCAUGCGGGUCGCGCUGCAUAUUCGUCCCAUUGCCGGCAAAUCAUUCGUCAGCUGGGAAGGUCAGCAAGCAGGUUCAACAGCUCGAUGGUCAAUGCCGAUCAUUGGGAUUCCAUGGAUGCCAUGCAAUACAUGUACAUAUUUGAUCAUAUCUCCUGGAACUGAUCAACCUCCGUAGAAGCCAACAAUGUGGAGCAGUGCCCCUGUAGCCAGUACGGUAAUUAGCCAAAUACACUCGAAUAUAAAUCCUAAAACACAUGGUACAAUACUUAGCAAACAAAGUUAUUUAUUUUUCCGGUAAACUACUACAGUAUCAUUUUCCAAUUUCAGGUAUGCAUAUUGUAUUAUUGCAUGAAAUCAGUGAGAAGCGAUCUCACACCAAAUAUGAUUAAAUUUCACAAAUAAUCCCAAAUAUGAUUAAAUUUGACAAUUUGUGCUUACCCCUUUGUUGGGGCUUGUAGGAUUAUUGUGAUAGACUAAAUGUAGAAUUCUCUUGCGGGUGAAAAUAUGUGUUGUACAAAUGUUAUCAAGUAUUUGUAGUGCCUAUUUUUAUUGUUUGAAAUAUAUUAUUUUUUCCACGAUAUUUCUAUUUUUGAGAUUUUGUGACAGGGGCCUUUGCGAGAGAACUUUUUCUAGGAACCAAAAGUCGUCACGAUCAAUCACAACAUGUAUCCAACUAUCCAUCAACCAGCCUAGAGACUCGUGCACUUGAGACCCAAACAUGAACCAGCUACAAGUCCAUCAGACCUAAGAAAAAAGAUCAACACACUGCUUUCUUGCAAUCCAAUAGGAUUCCUCUCUUCAAUUACAUACCAUGAUAUGUAAAAUGAAGGAAACAAGCACAAGAGGCAAGAAAGCACAACACCACUCCAAAACAUUGUACACAAUUAUAUACUACAUAUUACUUCUAUCCCUGAAAAUUAUAGAGCCAAAUUAGACGGGCGCCGCAACACGCGCCAUCAAUGAUCUAGUUGUUCAUCAAACCCACUAGGGUAUAAUGGAGACGCCAGUGCAUGUUUUUUUCCCACGGUUUCACUAGUAGAAAAAGGGUCAAAUGUGAAGCACAAUAGUGCCGGUUGGAAUUUCAGCCGGCACUAAUGUGUACACUAGUGCCGGUUCGUGGC